AUGAAAGCCAGAGAUAGCUACCCCACCAAAAAACAGACUUCAUCAAAAAAGACCUCAAUAAAGAUUGAGAAAAAAAAUUUGAAUACAAAAACAGCAUCACCACUUACAAGAAUAAUUAAUACUCCAAUAACUGCUUGUAAAAGAUGUAAACAAAAAAAAAUCAAAUGUGACAAACUAUUACCAACAUGUGCUCAUUGUUCUAAAGCUAAGGUAUCUUGCAUAUCUGUCGAUCCCGCAACAGGAGAAGAUGUACCAAGAUCAUAUGUCUUAUUCUUAGAAGACACUCUUCAAAUCUUCUUAAAGAAAUUGCAACAAGAGAGUAUUGAUUUAAAAAAUGUGAGGUCAACAUUUCCUGUAUCGAGCAAUGAUCCUCCUUAUACUGGUAAAUCAAUCCAGUCUGGAUCUAAUUCUGAAUAUUAUCUACAUGAUAACGGGCUAUUGGGAGAUUUUUUAAUUAACCAAGGUCAUUUAAUAAAAGGAACUACUGAUAUUAUUACACCAUCAACUGCAAGUCAUUCAUUUGAUAAUACUUUAGCAGUAACGCCAAGUCCUGUUACAGACAAUGCGGCGUCAUUAGAUUUUGGUAAAUCAAAUAAAGACAUAAACAGUCUUGCGUCAAUUAAGGAGACAAAUCCAAGUUCAUUUCUAGGUGAUUCCUCUGGUGUAUCAUUUGCCAGGUUGGUAUUUACGGCAACAAAUAUUAAACCAGAAUUACUUGUAACGGAUACUGAUGGAGGUAUAGAUAAAGAAAAUAUAAUUUUAAAGGAAUCUAUUCAUCAAAAUGCACAGGGUCAUAUUAAUGAUACGUCACAAUUACCAGAUAAGUUUGAAGCACAAUCGUUAAUUGUUAGUUUUUUUUCAUACACAAAUGUUCAAUUACCAAUCCUCCAUAGGGAAUUUUUCUUGAAAAAGUAUUUCGAACCAAUUUAUGGACCAUGGGAUUAUAAUAUUUCAUUACUUUCUGACUAUACUGAAAUUAAUAAAUCUUUUAAUCUUCCCAAGAAUGUCUUUAUUGAUAAAGAUGCGGAAGAUGAAAUGGAGAAAGCAUUUAACCCAUGGUACAAUAUAUGGAAAAGCUAUGCGAGAUCUAACAAACAUAAAGAGCCCGAGGUACCUAAAAGGUUACAUAUCCCACUAUUUUUCCUGAAUAUUGUAUUUGCGAUUGGUUUUGCUACAGAUGUCAUACAAUCUAAAAUCUCUAAAGUAGUUGCAUUCAAGAGAAGAGCUGCCCAUUAUGCUAAUUCAUUAUUUGUUACUACUGAUCGAUUAGAAGCUUUAUCAGGAACAUUAUUGUUAGUUAUAUAUGCUCUGAUGAGACCAAAUGUCCCUGGAGUGUGGUAUGUUUUAGGAUCAGCUUUGAGAUUGACGGUUGAUUUAGGUUUGCACACCGAGAAAUUAAACAUGAACUAUGAUCCCUUCACCAGAGAAAUGAGACGACGAUUAUUUUGGUCAGUAUACUCCUUAGAUAGGCAAAUUUGUUCCUAUUUUGGUCGUCCCUUUGGAAUUCCAGAAGAGAGUAUAACAACUAGAUAUCCUAGUAUGCUUGAUGACUCGUAUAUAGACACUAAGGAUUUUGUUCAAAAUGGAAUAACUAUAACUGAUUAUUCAGAUGCAGAGCUCUAUUCAAUAUCUAGCAAACAUAUUGCAAUUUCUAUGUUUAAAAUAAGAAAAUUACAGGCUUCCAUAGUAAGAAUAUUAUAUGCGCCUCACUCAGAAUUGCCAAGGGCAUUUAAAAAUAUAGAAGACUGGAGGUCUACCAUACUCGAAGAGCUUGAUCGUUGGUAUGCCGAAGACGUACCAAAAAAUUCGUUGAAAAUGAAUUGCGGGUUCAAUACAUUUGUGUUUGAUUUAAAUUAUCACUAUUCGAAGCUUAUCUUAUUCGGUAUAUCUCCAAAGUGCCCAAAUUUGACAACUGAGUCCUUCAAGGUGGUUUUUGAAAGUUCAAAAGGAACGAUAGAUGUAUUCCAUAAUCUUUGCAUUAAUAAAAAAUUAAGCUAUACGUGGGUAGCUGUCCACAAUAUUUUUAUGACUGGUAUGACUUAUCUAUACACCAUUUAUUAUUCAAACGAUCCAAUAUUAAAAGAUGAAUAUGAUGUUCUGGAAUAUACAGCGAAAGUUCUAAAUGUAUUGAAAGAAUUGAUCGGGAAAUGUGAUUCUGCUAAAAACUGUUAUCAAAUUUACAAGACAUUAGCAGCUGUGGUCAAGAAAUUAAAAUUGGAUGAUUUGGCAAAUAAAACAAAAGAUAAGGAGCAAUAUAAUUUAACUACACAUAAUGAUGUUGUACCAAACUCCGAUUAUACUGACAUCUCACUAAACCAAUUCUUCCAGGAAAUGGAAAAAUUUAAUACUGUUCCAACGAUAGGCGGAAAUAAUCAUGAAGGGAUAUCUACUACGGAUGAUUUAGGGACAGAAACCUUGAAUGAGCCAUCUUUAAUGAAUAGUCUAGGAAAUGGGUUGGAACAUCAAGCAAGACGCGGGUCUAUUGAACAAGAUUCGAAUAUGAUUGAUUUGUUGUACCAAGUUUCUUCACAGUCGAUAUGGGAUGAAUUCUUCGUCAAGAGUAGCUCGAACGACAAUGCAGUUCCAGACGUGUAUUUUUAA